UUAGUUUAGUAAAGUUCCGAAAUUCCAGUGAAGUAAUAAUUACAUUAUUCAAAAAUCCUGGCUGACAAACUCCAGCGAAAGACCUUUUAUUCACAUCAAGAACAGCACUCCAAUCAGAUAUGCAGGCCGAACAUAAUCUUGACGAGCACGCCCAAUGGAAGCAAAUCCAACAAAACACCUUCACACGCUGGACCAAUGAGCAUCUGAAGAGCAUCGGUAGUUCCAUAGAUAAUUUGGAAACGGAUCUAUCCGAUGGCGUGCGCCUGAUUGGCCUCAUCGAGGUGCUGUCGCAGAAGCAACUGCCUCCGCACAAUAAACGCACCACAUUCCGUAGCCAGAAAUUGGAGAACGUAUCGAUUGCCCUGCAAUUUCUGCAGGAUGAGGGCAUUAAAAUUGUUAACAUCGACUCUUCGGAUAUAGUCGACGGCAAGCUGAAGCUAAUAUUGGGCCUCAUAUGGACGCUCAUUCUACACUACUCGAUAUCGAUGCCCGUAUGGGAGGGCGAUGAGGAGAAACCAUCGACGGAAACGGGUCAAACGCCCAAGCAACGCCUGCUGGCUUGGAUACAAAUCAAGAUACCCGGCAUGUCUAUCAAUAAUUUCACCAAAGACUGGACCACGGGCAAGCCGGUGGGCGCUUUGGUGGAUGCCUGCGCCCCUGGCCUGUGCCCCGACUGGGAGCUCUGGGAUCCCGAUAAUUCCGUGCAGAAUGCCACUGAGGCAAUGCAACUGGCUGACGAUUGGCUGGAUGUCCGCCAGCUGAUCAAGCCGGAGGAGCUAGUUGAUCCCAAUGUAGAUGAGCAAUCCGUUAUGACAUACUUGGCCCAAUAUCCAAAUUGCAAGCUGAAGGACGGCGCCCCAUUGCGGCCCAAAUCGGAUCCCAAUAACAUUCCUAUCGUUGUACCCGUGACACCUGUGAUUGAUCCUGAACCCGUUAUCCCGGUAGUGGAGUCUCCCGUCCUUGAAACUGUGCCUGCUGAGGUUUAUCCUGGCAUUGAAUCUGUUCCCGCCGAGGUUUAUCCUGGUAUUGAAUCUGUACCCGCUGAGGUUUAUCCUGGCAUUGAAUCUGUUCCCGCUGAGGUUCAUCCUGGCAGUGAAUUAGAGCCUCCCCAGUUUUAUCCGAGCAUUAGACCCAGUGCUCCUAUGGUUGGUGAAUCUGCCAUAGUAACUGUUGAUACGUUUGCCAUCCCAGAGGCAAAUUAUGUCACGGAAAUCGGAAAGCUUUACGAGGGUGUUAGUUAUUUGUUUACUGGUCAAAUUUUACCGGAGGCACAAGGAUUCGCCAUAAACUUCGUAUAUGACAAUCAGACUCGUGAUGUGGCUCUGCAUAUCAAUCCACGAUUCGGCAAACAAUAUGUGGUGCGGAACACCAGAAUACGUGGCACAUGGGGCCGUGAGGAAAUCCACUCCGUGAUACCUUUUCCUUUGCGGCAGGGCGAAAGGUUCGCUGUUCAAGUGCUCGUCACUCAGAACUGUUACUUGAUAUCGUUUAAUGGCCAUCACGUGGAUCAUUUCAUUCAUCGUCAUCCUUACGACACAGUUCGUUUCCUUGACGUCGAAGGCGACGUGGAGGAUGUGCUCAUACACCGUUCCGAGGUUCGAGGCUAUCCACAUCGUUUUCUUGAAUUGGCGCCUCCACCACACGUACAGUAUGAUAUACAGCCCAUGAUUUACUUUGCCGAUGAUGUGGCUGAAGUGGGACCACUGUGCGAGGCAGAUAGUUUUCUCUUCAGCGGCAGGAUCGAUGCCAAAAGCCAGGAACUCGAGAUUAGCUUCCUAUAUGCGAAUGAAACAAGGGAUGUUCCGCUGCACAUCAAGUUCCAAUUUAAAAAAAAUCAUCUAAUACGUAAUAGCAGAGCACGUAAAUCGUGGAACCGAGAAGAGAUUUCCAGCCCAAUACCCGUGCGCCGAGGCGAAAGAUUUGCCGUUCAAGUGCUUGUGACAAGCGACUGUUAUCUGAUAGCGAUAAAUGGCCAACACUAUGCCCAGUAUGUCCAUCGCAUGCCCUUCGAUGCGGUUGCCGUCAUCGAGGUCAAGGGAGGUGUGCAGGAUGUGCAGAUGCAUCGCAAUACGGUGCGGGACUAUCCACAGGGCACACUUCAAAGGCAAAUCUUGUGAACAUAUUAGUUUAUAGUAGACGCCAUAGUCUCACUGUUUAAAUUUAAUAGGUGGAUUUAUUAAAAUACAAUUUAUAUCUAAUUGUAAAAA